AUGAAGGGAUCAUACAAGGACACACUGUUGACUAGCCCUGGAAUUGAAGAAGACCAUAUCACCUCGCUCGACAUGGAAGAUGAUGACCCUAACCCUGAGGAUAAGUGGUAUAGAGAUGAUGAUGAUCGAGAGAAUGUUGAUAAACCAUUCAACCCUUGUCCCACAAUCUCUGUAUCUAAGGAGGAAUUUGAAGAGUGGUCUAAACCAUGGAAGAAUGCCCUCCUGGCCAAAGUGCUGGGUAAACAUGCCACGUUCGCGUUCAUGGAGCAACGACUCCACAGAAAUUGGGAGAAGAAAGAUGAGGAUGAUUACGCGCAUGCGCUUAUGGAAGGUCCCUGGAUGACUGCCGGCCAUUAUCUCAUCGUGCAAAGAUGGAGGCCUUUUUUCCUAACCGGAUCCACAGAGGUUAGAAAGAUCGCCGCCUGGAUUCGCAUUCCAAACCUUCCGAUCGAGCUUUAUAACCACCGAUUUCUCUGGAGGGUUGGCUCAACCAUGGGACAUAUGCUCAAGGUUGACCACACUACCUCAAUCCACUUGAGGAAAAAGUUCGCCCGUAUAUGUGUUGAGAUCAACCUGGCAAAACAACUAGUGCCCCGAAUAUCUGUGCUUGGCUGUGAGCUAAACCUUGAAUAUGAAGAAAACCGUGCCGGAGAUAAUCCGCAAGGUGAGGUGCCGGCCGACAGUGUUGGAGAUGAAAAUGGAAGGUCCACAGAUCCACAAAAUCACCGCAAUUAUAGCAAUGGAAAAUCCAACCCUGACUUUGGGCCUUGGAUGUUGGUAAAAAGAUACAAUAAUAGAAAGAAACCCCAAAUAGGACAAAGGCAAUCUCAUGCCAAUCAAGACGCGAUCACUAUCUAUAGCACUAAAGAAGGAAACUCUCCAAAAGGAAAUAAUUCCAAUUCGGGAUCCCGAUUUGCUAUAUUGCAUGAAGAAAAUCCGGGAAAUGUACAGGAGAGUGCGAAUGAAUUGAAAGUGGGCUAG